GCAGCUAGAGCGCACAUGUCAUGUUUGUGUUGUGAUUCUGUCGCCCGACGUUUGAACGGCACCUGGCAACGACAGGUCGUUUCCUGUCGAAGAUUUGCAGUUUCCGCAUCCCUUUCUGACUAAAAUGAUGCUCACCAAAUUAAUCCGACGAACCGGCUGUCAGUCUGUUGAGCUGUUUGCGAGGACCAAAAUCCCGAGCAGUUCUUGCAGGUGGGCCCAUUUGGCACCGGCAGGUGUUCAGGGCAAGGAGGAGAAUAGCCUAGAAGACAAGAUAAUCUACAACUCGUUGAUUGGCGGCCAAAGAUUCCGGAUGCGGCAGAAAAAACUGGAAAAGCUAAAAAAGGAGUCGUCCUGCAGCAACAACACUUCCAGUCUAAGCCACAGUUUUCUCUCGGCUGAAGCCAGGGCCCACCUUUUGGGAAUGGUGGAGCAACCUGGGGAAGGGCUAAAAUUCGAGAAUGAUGACCUACUCAGCCUGCAGAAACUGAUGCAGGAGAAACGUCAGGUUGAAAACCUGAGUAACGAAGCCUUCAGGGACAUCUCUUUGGACUUCAUGACGUCCACCAGCAGCGACCCUUCACUCCCAGCAAGUCGAGUGCCCUGCGGAGGCUGUGGAGCACCCCUUCACUGCCAGGACCCUGAAUACCCUGGUUUCUUACCUCUGGAAUGCUUCAAGGGAGUGUCAGAACCACACCUGAGAGCUCUCACCUGCCAACGGUGCUACACGCUCAAGAACCACCACAAGGCCAUCCAUGUCGAUGUCUCGCCGGACGAGUAUCCUAAAAUCUUGGAGCACAUAAGAGAUAAAAGGGCCUUGGUGCUCUUAGUCGUGGACUUGAUGGACUUUCCCUGCAGCAUUUGGCCCCACCUUAGCCAAAUCAUAGGUUCCAGGAGACCAAUAUGCGUGGUUGGAAAUAAAGUAGACCUUUUACCAAACGAUGGAAAAUUCUUUUUGGAACGAGUAAAAGAAAGUUUAACCAAAGAAGUCAUCAGGGUGUCCGGCAUUGGCGAGAAUUACAUAAAACACGUUGCUUUGGUCAGUGCCAAAACUGGAUACGGCAUUGAAGCAUUAAUUAACAAGUUGCAUAACAAUUGGAGAGUACAAGGUGAUGUUUAUGUUGUUGGCUGUACCAAUGUGGGCAAGUCCUCAAUUUUCAAUGCACUUCUUGACUCGGAUUACUGCAAGGUGCAGGCUUCCAAUCUUGUGCAAAGGGCUACUAUUUCUAACUGGCCAGGCACCACUCUAAACUUGCUAAAGUUUCCUAUCUUGCGGCCAAGCCACCAAAUGCUUUUUGAUAGAACAGCAAGACUGAUUAGUGAAAAAGUAGAUGUAUCAAUAGAAAUGCAUGAGGAGAAGGAAUUACUGAGGAAAACUCGUGAUAUCGAGCAUGCCACUCUCAGAGGUCAUGUCCGCAAAACCUAUGAGUUGAGUCAAAAUCAGGUGAAAGACCCUUUUAAAUUGCCUUCGAGCAGAGCAACAGAUUUCACGCCACCUGCAGGAAUAAAUCCAGAGGAUGAGGCGUUUUUGCAAAGCCGCUGGUGUUUUGAUACUCCGGGUGUUGUGUAUCCCGACCAGGUCAUCAACCUCCUGACAGAAGAGGAACUGGAGAAGGUUAUUCCCAAGGCCAUAAUUUCACCUCGAUCUUUUUCCCUGCUGGCGGGCCAAACUCUCUUUUUGGCUGGUCUUGGCAGAGUUGAUUAUCUGCAUGGAACUUCAAAUCAAAUUAUUGUUACGAUAUUUUCUUCUGAUCAUCUCCCCAUCACAAUUUGCGAGACUACUCAGGCUGAUGAGGUUUACCAAACCUACGCUGGUUCAGAUCUACUUGUGGUCCCAUCAGGGUCCGAGGAGAGACUGGCCAUGUGGCCGGGACUGAAGAAAGGACUUUCAGCAAAAUUUGAAGGGAUUCACUCUAAGGAGAGCGUUGCAGAUGUUUUGUUUUCUUCCGCAGGAUGGAUGAGUGUCACUUUGCCUAGAGAAAAAGUAGCAGAGUUAGAAAUUUUCACGCCUCUAGGAUUGGGAAUUCACGUGAGGAAACCAUCCAUGUUGCCUUUUGCCGUCGCUAGAAGAGGACGCCGAAUAGAAAGAACCCCUGCUUAUGAAAAAUUUAGACCUGUGCUUUAAAUCAAUAUAAAUCACGGAUUAUACUGUUAGUUUAUAA